GUCGUUCUUUCGCGCUCCAAGAACUUUAUGGUGCUGUCGCCAUGACUCCGCUCAGCUCCGUGGGAGAAUACGUGACGUCACGCCACUUCCGCUUUCUGAAGGUUCACAGCGACUUCUGAAGGAGUCAAUGUUUAUUUGUCAACGUUAUGGAGGACCGGGUGCGAGCUGUGGCGGGGAGGGAGCGGCUGUGUACGGUGUGUAGAAGGUGCAGUUGAGGCAAGUACUUCAGUUUAUUUAUAUUUUCAUACACCAUGCCACAUGGAAGACUGAGUUUUUCCCGUGAUGGGCUGUGGGACAAGCAAAGUGCUUCCCGAACCUCCAAAGAAUAUCCAACUAGAUUUAGUAAAAAAAGUGGAACCGUACCUAGCCCCAAAGAAUGACCAAUACAAGCAUUUUAUUACAGACCAUGGACGACUGGACGGUAAAGGAGGUUCUCCGGCUCCCCCCUACUCGAACGGCUACCCACAUAGUCAUGCUGAAACUGCUGAUCCUCGGAGACAUAAAGUAGCGAAGUACAGAGCUAAAUUUGAUCCUCGAGUAACUGCAAAAUAUGAUAUCAAAGCUCUUAUUGGUCGUGGAAGCUUCAGCCGUGUGGUAAGAGUGGAGCACAAGGCUUCUAAGCAGCCAUAUGCUAUUAAAAUGAUUGAAACAAAAUACCGAGAAGGUAGGGAGGUUUGUGAGUCUGAGCUUAGUGUCUUGAGAAGAGUUCGACAUACCAACAUUAUCCAACUCAUUGAAGUGUUUGAGACCCAGGAAAGAGUCUAUAUGGUAAUGGAAUUGGCAACAGGGGGAGAACUUUUUGACCGAAUAAUUGCCAAGGGCUCUUUUACAGAGAGGGAUGCCACUCAUGUACUACAAAUGGUUUUGGAAGGAGUGAAAUAUCUGCACACACUUGGAAUUACACACAGAGACUUAAAACCAGAAAACCUUCUAUAUUAUCACCCAGGAACAGACUCCAAAAUUAUGAUCACAGAUUUUGGCCUUGCAAGUGCUCGAAAGAAAGGGGAUGAUUGCUUAAUGAAGACCACCUGUGGAACCCCAGAAUACAUUGCCCCCGAAAUUCUUGUAAGGAAACCCUACACAAACUCUGUGGACAUGUGGGCACUAGGAGUCAUAUCCUAUAUUCUUCUCAGUGGCACUAUGCCAUUUGAGGAUGAUAAUAGGACACGUUUGUAUCGCCAAAUUUUAAAGGGAAAAUACAGCUACUCCGGGGAGCCAUGGCCAAGUGUUUCAAACCUGGCGAAAGACUUCAUUGACCGUCUGCUUAUGGUAGAGCCAUCAGAAAGAAUGAGUGCAACGCAGGCUCUUAAACACCCCUGGGUAGUAAGUAUGGCGGCGUCUUCAUCUAUGAAAAAUCUGCACAGAUCCAUCUCUCAAAACCUACUCAAGCGAGCAUCAUCGCGCUGUCAGAGUACAAAAUCCGCACAGUCUGUACGUUCUAGUCGCUCGACAAAGUCUACAAAGUCGCGGCGCGUGAGAGAACGAGAAUUGCGUGAACUAAAUUUGCGCUACCAGCAGCACUACUAUGGAUGAGCACAUUGUAGAAGUUACAGUGAUGGAAUUUCCAGUGCCUUUAACUGUGGACGUAAUCUCCCUGACAGUAAAGCAGUGUAUUUCUUGUGGUUGUAUCAGAACUAUGCAACAAAAUAUUGAAGUGGCAAGCAACAGUGUGGCUACUGUAUUUCUUAGUAUUUCCUUUGUAAAGCAUUGUAUGAAUAUGAAGAGGAUACUUUUGGGACCCACUUAAGGACAUUUAUAUUGAAUUGUUUCUAGUAUUCUUCCAGGAGCUGUACUAGCUUUCAAAAUCACAUUUUCAAUUGGAUUUCCAACUAGAUGUAGUCCUUCUCAGCAAGCGGUAUAGACUGUGUUUAUGCCAUGGUUGUGAUGUACAUUUAGCAUGUUCACCAGGAGAGCUACUGACUUUGGUGCUAACUGUAUCGGGGUCAAGUAGCAAGACGGAUUAUUACACUGCAAAUAAAAGGUGUACAAUAGUGUUGUAGACAUUUAUUCCAUACCUACAGGGUCCCACAACUUUUUAACAAUAGGACCCCAUGCAAAAUAGAAUGUUAACCCAGCCUCACAGUCACAGUAUUUUGGGCCGUCAAAUUCCAUUGAGCUUAAAGUUAAAACUGCUGGUAAUGCAUACACAGUGAAAUUUAAAGACAGUAAUUUUAUGGCCGUACUAUAAUGUACAUGGCCCAAUUAUUUCCCACAAUGUUUCUAUAACAUGGCAUAUAUUUUUGGAUAUAAACAUCACCAAAACGUUUGAGUUGCUAAUAGCCAUUGUUGAGCUAUAGCUAUUCAAAAUAAGGAUCAAAACACAGCUUUACAGUGUUACAGCUUUAGUGUCAUUUGUAAACCAGGUCUCACUUCUGCAAGUUAUAAUGUGGUGAAGUGCAAAGCAACACUCUUCACUCCCCAGCUGGCUAUUACUUACAAUUACAGAAGGUCUCAGGCCUGUUUAGACUAAACUUUUUUGACAUGUCUGGAUGACAUGUCAAAAGUUUUUACAGAUGUCACUCACUCUUAAGUG